CCACAUGUCCUGGCAGUGACAGAACCAACAUUAUCGAAUCACCGUCCACAACGGCGUCCGCCAUUUGCCCAUAGCUCCCCAGGGACUCAGGGACUACCGCAACGAAGUCCUGCACCCUCCCCCGAGGCAUAUACGUUCCGUUUUCCUCCCCACCCACUCUCCCGCCCACACCCGUAUUACCCCUACACGUCAGCCCAUAUAUUGGGUGCAUGUCCGCUCUCUGGUCUAUCUCCAUGGCGACUACCACGGGUAUCAGGUGUUACGCCUGGUUUGGGUAGCAUCCCCCAAUGGACUCCAGGCACCUGGCCACCAUUGCUAUGGCCCACCGAAGUUCCUGUCCGGCUCGCCCCAUGGCUCAUUCCCAACCCCAUAAACCUUGGUGUUCCCCAGAUAAAAUGGGACGUGAGUACGCAUCCUAUGACAGCUCGACGCAUCACUGGUGCACAUGUUAUUCUGCCCCUAGACUCGCGAGGGGGUGGAAGCGCAGGCGCUGGAAUAGACCACGAACCAGCGACUUUACCUCCGUCCGAUAGAAUUCUCGUGCUAUGUGAUGUUGGCUCCAUGAGCCAAUUCUGGGGCCCGAUCAUCAUCGAACGACCGGGAGGAAGUGUCACGAUACGUGACCUUCUCAAAGGCAUCUAUGCGUUCUUCCAGACGCGCCUUACGCGUGCCGAAGUGGAGCAUAUAUCCUCUCUCGGACCAAACAAUUAUGGUUUACUAGUAGACGCUUACCAGAGGAGGACGACGCAGAGACAUUUGGGUGUGUUGAGAGAUUGCGAGUGGAGGGAAGGGACGAGGAGGGUGGAUUGUGUUGGGGAUAGGAAGUGGUGGUGGGGUGCGUGGGUGACAUAUAAUUCGAAUGGGAGGUGGCAGUUAAAUUUGGGACUCGCGAAUCCCACACACCGGGAUACAUGA